UCCUCUCCCAUACAGAGAAGUCAGCCUGUGCAUCAGUCUCCAGCUCAUCCAGCGUUCGCUCCCCCCCACUCGGCUUUUUUGCCGAGUGUUACUUCUCCUGCCUCUGCUGCCUCUUUCCUCUCCUCCUCCUUUUCCCUCUCUUCUUCCUCCUCCACCAUGGUGAACAGAUAACUGGUUCGCUGCGCUUAGACCAUGGGUGCCUGCCUCUGCAAAGGUCACAAAGAGCUCCACCUACAGCCAUCAUUGCCUCACCAGACCGAGGAAACUCAGUCAGCUUCCAUCAAGGAUGGUCAGAAUCCCUCCAACGGCAGCGUGGCGGAUAAAUCCAGCCGGUAUGACAUUGCAGAGCUGGCUACAUCCUCUCUCGUAGGCUUAGUGGCCACGAUAAAGGAGCACAUCACCAAGCCCACAGCGAUGGCCCAGGGGCGAGUUGCUCACCUGAUUGAGUGGAAAGGAUGGGGUGGAUGUGGUGAGGUGGGGCGAAGCGGGGCUGGGUGGAGUGGAGGCUGGAGUAGAGGAGGAGGAGGAUGUGGGGGCAUGGGGACGGAGCUGCAGGAGGACGAGCAGUUCUACUCCCAAAUGACAGAUGAAAUCAAAGAGGCCCGUUUUGCUGCAGGUGUAGCAGAACAGUUUGCUCUGGCUGAAGCGGCAAUGAACGUGUGGUCCAUGAGCGAUAGCUAUGAGCAACCGUCUACCAGCUCUCAAGCUGCAGCGGGCCACUUCUUAUCCAAGUAUUUGCUUGAUGGAGGAAGCGUCGGCGUCCCACAGUAUCUGUACAGCAUCCACACCCAGGCUUAUGGCGACAGAGCUGCAACCGGCCUGAUCCACCCACCGCCAGUCGGCUUGAUGUCCCCCACAUGUACCACUCAGCAGGAUAUUGAUGUUCCCUUUGAGGAAAGAAGCACGGUGAUGGCAGAAGCUGCUGUCCGACACGUCGACAGCAGCUCCCUCUCUGAGGACGAUGUUUUUUACAACUAGGUUUGGGACUACAAGACGUUUACCAUUAAAAUGGAAAUAUCCAUAAGACUCAGUGAAAUUAAGUCUCAUCCACCAGCAAUGAUUGUUCUGUAAGAAAUUUUAAGUCAAACUGUUUAAAACACAUCAAAAUGGAAGGAUGGGAGGGCCUUGGGAGAUGACAAAUACUAUUUUUACUUCUAGGUAGGCCUAUUCUUCAUGUGAAUGUACAGUGGGACAUUUUACUUUUUUAUUCUGUGUAGAAAACAUAUGGAACUGAGCUGUAAAGAGUUUAAUGAUUUUGAUGUAAAUAC